CAGAGGCUGCUGGGAUCGGGGUGGUUAUUUCUGAGAAAUACUCGGAUAGUUUUCAGUUCUUGGUAUGGAUCAGACGUGAUCCGCCGUGGACGGCAACAGGACCCUGUUCUGGGCCUCGAGCUCAAGACGCGCAGGGCCCCCCCCCCCCCCCCCCCCCGAUCCAGAUUAACCGAGGAAUUUGGAUUUGGAGACCGUCGCGUUCAGCUCUCCGACCCCAACCGUCGGUGGCAAGCUGAUAGUAAGAUGUCUUCAGGAAACGCCAAAAUUGGGCAUCCUGCCCCUAACUUCAAAGCCACGGCUGUUAUGCCAGAUGGCCAGUUCAAAGACAUUAGUCUAUCUGACUACAAAGGAAAAUAUGUUGUGUUCUUCUUUUACCCUCUUGACUUCACCUUUGUAUGUCCCACGGAGAUCAUUGCUUUCAGUGACAGAGCAGAAGAAUUUAAGAAACUCAACUGCCAAGUGAUUGGUGCUUCUGUGGAUUCUCAUUUCUGUCACCUGGCGUGGAUCAAUACACCCAAGAAACAAGGAGGACUGGGACCCAUGAACAUUCCCUUGGUAUCAGACCCCAAGCGUACCAUUGCUCAGGACUAUGGAGUCUUAAAGGCUGAUGAAGGCAUUUCAUUCAGGGGCCUCUUUAUCAUUGAUGAUAAAGGUAUCCUUCGACAGAUCACCGUAAAUGACCUUCCUGUCGGCCGUUCUGUUGAUGAGACUCUGAGACUAGUUCAGGCCUUCCAGUUUACUGACAAGCAUGGGGAAGUGUGCCCAGCUGGUUGGAAGCCUGGCAGUGAUACCAUCAAGCCUGAUGUCCAGAAGAGCAAAGAAUAUUUCUCUAAGCAGAAGUGAGCUCUGGGCCAUUUUAGGGCCAGGCUGCAUUGGGUGGCCAUGAAAACAGAAUCUCUUUUGUACUAUUGUCAUGCGUAAAACACAAGACUUUAGAUCAGGGCAGAUGUGGUAUGGGACAGGACAGGCCUUUCCUGCGGGGGUUGGGGAGACCAGCCUUUCUUCCUCUGAAGAGAUUGUGGUAUGGAGCAAGCCAACUGAUGUGUACAGCAGUGGGGCAUCACUUUUGAUCUUUGUUGUUUCUAUUAAACUUGAGCUGAGA